AUGAGGUGGCACAAGGAGGGAAAUGUUGAUGAUGGUGUCUUGCGACAUCCAUCUGACUCAAUAACAUGGAAAUCCUUUGAUGCACGACAUCCCACCUUUUCAGCUGAGUUAAGAAAUGUUCGAUUAGGUUUGGCGAGUGACGGGUUCCAACCUUAUGGGAACAUGAGUUCUAAUCAUAGCAUUUGGCCAGUCAUACUAGCUAAGUAUAACUUGCCACCAUGGGAUUGCAUGAAAAAUCCAUAUUUCAUGAUGACGCUUCUUAUUCCGGGUCCCAAGUGUCCAGGCAAUGAUAUCGAUGUAUAUUUACAACCAAUGAUUGUAGAGUUGAAAGAAUUAUGGGACGGGGUGGAGACUUAUGAUGCACAAUCAAAAUCUAAUUUUCUGAUGCGUGUGGCUAUCAUGUGGACGAUCAAUGACUUUCCUGCAUAUGGAAAUCUUUCAGGAUGGUCAACCAAAGGCAAGCUUGCAUGCCCUUGUUGCCAUAAAGAUACACAAUCGACUUCCUUGCGUAGUAAGUUGUGCUAUAUGGGUCAUCGUCGCUUCCUUCCCAUGGACCAUCCAUGGCGGAGAAGUAGGACGUUAUUUGAUGGAAAAGUUGAAAUGGGAGUUGCACCUAACCCUUUAACAGGUGAUGAAGCACUUGUGCAAUUACAAGCAUUGGGUAAUGUGAGUUUUGGUAAAGGACAAAAGAGAAAGCGUGAUGUUCAUAGCAAUGCUUACAAUUGGAAGAAAAUCAUGAAUAUGGUUGGAAAGACAAAAGACACAUUGAAAAGUAGAUAUGACUUGAUGGAUCUUGGAAUCAGACAAAGGUUGCAUCCUAUUGAGGAUGGGAACAAUAUUUUGUUACCGGCAGCAUGCUAUGCAUUGUCCGCGGAAGAGAAGCUGAAGGUAUGCAGUUUCUUAGCUAAUCUGAAGGUUCCUGAUGCAUUUUCCUCAAACAUUUCAAGGUGUGUCAACGUACAGGAGAAAAAGAUACAUGGAUUGAAAUGUCACGAUCAUCAUGUAUUGUUGCAAGACAUUUUUCCAGUAGCUAUACGUGGUUUGCUACCCAAGGAAGUGUGUGAUCCAAUUAUAGCCUUAGGAAAGUUUUUCAAGAAUAUAUACUCUAAGUGCUUGACGAUUGAAGAUCUUGAUAUCCUAGAGGCAGAAAUUCCUGUUAUUUUGACCAAACUUCAACUUGUUUUCCCUCCGGCUUUCUUUGAUGUCAUGGUUCAUUUGCCAAUUCACUUGCCAAGUGAGGCAAAGCUUGGUGGACCAGCUCAAUAUCGGAAUAUGUAUCCUAUUGAGAGGGAAUAUACAAGCGAGAUUGAAAGCCAAAGUUCAAUGAGAGCUCAUAAAAAUGGGUUUCUUGAUUGGUUUUGCGCACGUAUAUUUGUACUAUCUGCACAAGGACGCGCAAAUGAUGAGAUCAUAAGCUUAGCCGUCGGUCCUGCACCAUUAGUACAUCGAUAUUCAACAUUUGUGGUGAAUGGAUUUAGAUUCCAUAUAAAAGAGCUUGAAUUCAGAAGAAAAACGCAGAAUAGUGGUGUCCUUUCAAAACAAGUCUUUUACUUGGACGACAUGGUCGAUAAUGAUUGGCUUGUGGUUGUGAAGACAAAUCCUCGUGACCUUUUCAAAAUGCCUGAUAAUGAUGAUGAUUGUGUAGAUAUUGAAGAUGAAGAAUUACUGAAUGAAGAAGUUUAUCAGCAAGAGGAAGCUGAAUUUAAUACUUUGUGCACCAAUGACCAAGAAAAUAUUGUUGAGGAAAUGAGAGGAAUUGGACGAGGAAAACAUGGGAGAGGCGGGACGAGCCGUGGUCGUGAAAAUUUUCAAGGACGUGGCAAUUUUGGAGCGACGUCUUAG